AUGAUUGCUCGCAUCCCUGGCGUCCCCCGACCCAUGGAAAAAGCUACUCCUAACAGUGAUUCCCCUUUUGCAGAUCCUAUUGCAUUGAUUGACGUGCCCAAGCGAUUCUGCGUCCCAUCCAUGAAGCUGUACGAUGGCACCACCGAUCCCAAUGAUCAUGUCGCACAAUACAAGCAGAGGAUGAUCACCAUCUCGAUCCCGAAGAAUAUGCGGGAAGCAUGCAUCAGUCGCAAAAUGGAAAAACAAGCUAGCGAUUUACAUAGGAUUGUGCAAAAAUCGGACGAGUCUCUUAAAGAAUUUGUGAACAGGUUUAACAGGGAAAAGGUGUCUAUUCCAAAUUGUGAUGCUCGGACGGCCAACGAAGCGUUCAGACGCGGCUUAGACGAAGAAUCAGACCUCUACAAGGAGCUGACCAAAUAUCCCUGUCCGACGUUCGAGGAUGCUCAAGCCAAAGCGCUGGCCCAAAUCAGGCUGGAGGAAAACAUGCAGUCCAUAAAGGCAUAUGCCAAUGCUGACAGCCGAAAGGCCGCAUCCAAUAAGCAGGUGUCGUGGCGUCAAAAGCCUUACGAGCGCCCGCAGCAGGUCCAUAGCGUCCGUCAUGCCGGGUCGGCCAGCGACUGGAAAAAUGAUGCUGGCCUCCCCCCCAAGCUAAUCGAAUAUGGUUUCAAUGUCACCAUGGGAGGUAUUAUUAAUACUUUACAUUCUUUAGGUUCUGUUGUUAAAUGGCCUUUCAGGAAUGAGAAACCGACGGCCCAUCACAACAAAUCCAAGGGGUGCGAGUUCCAUGGAGACCAUGGGCAUCAUACUGACGAAUGCGUCGCCUUGAGGCGAGAGGUGUCCCAUCUGCUGAAGCAAGGAUAUCUGAAGGACCUGUUGACAGAGAAAGGGAAGCAGACGGUGUCAAAGAAUGACGAUAGACGUCAACCUCCGUCGUCACCACCCCAUGUCAAGGUAAUUAACGUUAUUAACGGUGGUUCAGAUAUUUGUGGACUAACAUAUUCUACAGCUAAAUGA